UUUUCCCGCGCUAGUAGAAAGAGAGAGAGUACUACACACUGAUAGGGUUCUCCUAAAAAACACACUUUUCUAGAGAGAGAGUAGAGAGAGACUAGGGUUUUAAUUUUGCUAAACCCCGAGUUUUCAGUUUGUUUUUUGAUCUUUAAAGCGGUGUCGUUUGUUGAAUUGGGGGAAAUUCUAGGGUUUUGUUAUUGUUGCUGCUGGAUCUGGAGAUCAAUUUCGAGAUCUGUACCUUAACAAACCUAUUAAUUAGGGUUUGGAAUGAGCUCAGCCACUUCAAAAACUAUGGAAGAAGAAACAAAUCCUUCAACGGUUCCGACAAAUAAUUCGCACAAUGAUGGAGCAGCAGGGGAGAAUGAUGCCAUUGAAACGCGAUUUACGGAGUUUUGCAAGGCUGAAUUGUGCGUGAAUAAUGACACUUACGAAGAAGCUAUGCAGCUUUUUAAAGAUACAAAACACCUUCUGUCAGCAAAUAUUUCUGCUAUUGGGAAUGGAAUGCCGGAGGAAGCAGAAAGGUUUUGGUUUGCAUUUGUGUCAUACUCUGUUAAGAGGUUGAGCGAGAAGAUUAGAGAUGGUGUGCAGCAGAAAUCUGAUGACAAUGGGAUUACCUUGUGCCACAUAUUAAGAUGUGCCAAACUGAACAUUGUGGACUUCUUUAAAGAACUACCUCAGUAUGUUGUUAAGGCUGGCCCAAUAUUGAGUAACAUGUAUGGUGCAGAUUGGGAGAGCAGACUAGAGGCGAAGGAGUUGCAAGCUAAUUUUGUGCACCUGAGUAUCUUAAGCAGGCACUACAAACGCGCAUAUCGGGAACUUUUCUUGACAAGUGAUGGGAAUGUUGAUAAGCAGUUGGCAGUUUCCAGUGACACAACAUAUGUGUCUGACUAUCAUCGUUUUGGAUGGUUGCUGUUUUUGGCACUCCGAGUACAUGCUUUCAGCCGUUUUAAAGAUUUGGUGACUUGCACAAAUGGUUUGGUUUCUGUGCUGGCUAUUUUGAUUAUUCAUGUUCCUGUUCGCUUCAGAAGUUUCAACUUGAAUGACUCUGAACGUUUUGUGAAGAAGGGUGACAAAGGUGUUGACCUACUAGCGUCACUUUGCAACAAAUAUGACACCUCAGAUGAUGAACUGAGAAAAACAAUGGAGAAGACCAAUAAUUUAAUAGCUGAUAUCCUGAAGAAAAAACCUCAUUUGGCAUCUGAUUAUAAAAAUGAAAACCUAGAUAAUAUAAAUACAGAUGGCUUGAUCUAUUAUGAAGAUUUAAUGGAAGAAUCAUCACUGAGGUCUAGUUUGAAUAUUUUAGAAAAAGAUUAUGAAGAUUCAAUUCGCUGCAAGGGUGAACUGGAUGAGAGGGUAUUUAUCAAUGAGGAAGACAGCUUACUUGCUUCAGGGAGCUUAUCUGGAGGUGCUAUUAAUGUAUCUGGCACAAAGAGAAAAUUUGAUCAGAUGUCCUCACCGACAAAGACAAUUACAAGUCCCCUCUCUCCUCAUCGUUCCCCUGUAUCGCAUGCAAAUGGCAUUCCUGGUAGCAUAAAUUCUAGGAUGGCUGCUACACCUGUGAGCACAGCAAUGACUACUGCAAAGUGGCUUCGUACCGUUAUUUCUCCACUUCCAUCGAAACCUUCUGCACAGUUGGAACGUUUCCUUGCGUCAUGCGACAGGGAUGUUACGCCUGAUGUCAUACGCAGGGCACAGAUAAUAUUGGAGGCUAUAUUUCCUAGUAAUGCACUGGGCGAGCGUUGUGUAACUGGAAGUCUGCAAAGUACUAACCUGAUGGAUAACAUAUGGACAGAACAACGACGAUUGGAGGCUAUAAAGUUAUAUUAUAGGGUUCUAGAAGCAAUGUGCACAGCAGAGGCUCAAAUAUUGCAUGCAACUAAUUUGACCUCCUUAUUAACUAAUGAGAGGUUCCACAGGUGUAUGCUGGCAUGUUCUGCUGAACUAGUCUUGGCGACACAUAAGACUGUCACGAUGCUGUUUCCAGCUGUUUUGGAGCGAACUGGCAUUACAGCUUUUGAUCUCAGCAAGGUGAUAGAGAGUUUCAUUAGACAUGAGGAGUCUUUGCCAAGGGAAUUGAGGCGGCAUUUGAAUUCAUUGGAAGAACGACUUUUAGAGAGCAUGGUGUGGGAAAAGGGCUCCUCAAUGUAUAAUUCUUUGACAGUUGCAAGGCCUUCUCUCUCUGUAGAGAUUAAUCGUCUUGGGCUAUUAGCAGAACCGAUGCCUUCUUUGGAUGCAAUUGCUGUGCAUAUUAAUUUUUCUGGAGGAUUGCCUCCGCUACCUUCUGUACAGAGACAUGAACCAUCCCCAGGUCAGAAUGGGGAUAUCCGGUCACCAAAGAGGCCAUGCCCCGACUACCGGAGUGUGCUAGUAGAGCGUAAUUCCUUUACAUCACCAGUGAAAGAUCGUCUACUUGCUUUCAGUAAUCUUAAAUCAAAGCUGCCACCCCCUCCUUUGCAAUCUGCCUUUGCCAGUCCAACACGUCCAAAUCCUGGGGGAGGAGGGGAAACGUGUGCAGAAACUGGGAUCAAUGUUUUCUUUAGCAAGAUUAACAAGUUAGCUGCUGUCAGAAUCAAUGGUAUGGUCGAAAGGCUACAACUGUCUCAGCAGCACAUAAGAGAAAAUGUUUAUCGUUUAUUUCAACAAAUACUUAGUCAGCGGACAUCCUUGUUCUUUAACCGGCAUAUUGACCAGAUCAUCCUUUGUUGUUUUUAUGGAGUUGCAAAGAUUUCUAAAGUGAAUCUAACCUUCAGGGAGAUCAUUUACAACUACAGGAAGCAACCACAAUGUAAACCCCAAGUAUUCCGUAGUGUAUUUGUCGAUUGGGCAUCAGCACGCCACAAUGGGAGGACAGGCCAAGAUCAUGUUGAUAUUAUUACAUUUUACAAUGAAAUAUUUAUUCCUGCUGCAAAGCCUUUGCUGGUGGAGGUUGGUUCUGCUGGAACAACCACAAAAGCCAGCCAGCUUCCAGAAGUCAAUAACAAUAAAGAUGGUCAAUGUCCUGCUUCACCUAAAGUAUCUCCUUUUCCAAAUCUUCCCGACAUGUCACCAAAGAAAGUCUCCGCAGUGCACAAUGUGUAUGUCUCUCCAUUGCGGACAUCAAAGAUGGAUGCUUUGAUCUCACAUAGCUCGAAAAGCUACUAUGCAUGUGUUGGAGAGAGCACUCAUGCAUACCAGAGCCCUUCUAAAGACCUGACUGCAAUCAAUAACCGGUUAAAUGGUAAUAGAAAGAUCAGAGGAACACUCAACUUUGAUGACGUAGACGUUGGUUUGGUUAGUGAUUCUAUGGUGGCCAACAGCCUCUAUCUUCAAAACGGGAAUGGUGCAUCCUCGUCAGGUCCACCUGUGAAAAGCGAGCAACCUGAAUCAUAACUCGACGGGUGUUUUUUGACCCGCCCUGUAAAUUCUGGUUGUCUUUUUUGUUUUUUCACCUUUAUAUAGAUCAGAAGUGUAUGACAAGGGGUGAUGUAUGUGCGGUUCAGUUGUAGAGUAGCCGCCACCGCCCUUGUAUUCUGUAAUCUAGAUGCUGAACCUGGAAACUGAAGGUGGCUCUAACAAGUUAAAAUAAAGCUUAAUCUUUAAUUAUAA